CAGCAACGGGGAGUGCAUAGGCUACAACUCUUAAUAUUAACACAGUAGUCUACAAUAAAACAUAUUUUGAACUGAUAACAGUUUUCAGUUCCUGUUCUGAUACACAGAUGGAGAGGGAGGUGUCAGUGUGGAGGGCAAAGUCCAUAUUUGACCAUCAUUGGCAUGAAGUCUUACCUGGCAAGGUGUGGCUAGCGCCAGUGCACAGUCCAGUGAAAGACAGUGAUAGUCUUGGUUUUAAAAGUAAAAAAGUAAAAACUUUGCUUUAUUAGGUGGAAAUUGUUUGGCAUAAUUAAAUACAGACGAGAAUGGGUACUGGGCAAAAGGUAACAUUUGGACUUUACAUACUCUCAGCUCUCUCAGUCAUCUUGGGGAUUAAUGUAGAGUUUCAGCAGCCAGAGUAUGAGGUUGCUAGGGAUGAUCCGGUCACCAUGAGAUGCAUCUUCCAGACCAAAAAACCAAACAGUCCCACUGUUAUAAUCUCCUGGACAGCUGAUGCGGAUGACCCAACAGAGCCACAGAUAACAAUUGGAACUUUUUACCACCCUGGUAACCAGAUAGACAUCACUUCUGAAUAUGAGGGCAGAGUUACCAUGACAAAUGAUGUAGCUGCUAGAAUAUCAUCACUGUCCUUCUCUCGUGUCACCAUGCAAGACAACAGAGUUUUCCAAUGUGCAGUGAAGAUCCCUGGGGAUAAUGAUGGCCAGCCAGCAGACACAGCCAGACUGCUGGUACUGGUUGCUCCAUCUGUCCCUGUCUGUAAUGUCCAGGGAGCAGCAGAGUAUGGCCACAAUAUUAACCUAACCUGCAAGUCUGCGGAGGGGUCUCCACCUCCCACAUACAAGUGGGAGAGAUUUGACACCAGAAAUAUCCCCCAACCCUUUCCACCAAGGACCACUGAGAGCAAUGGAGUUCUGUCUCUCUUCAAUGUAUCAAGGGAAACAUCAGGAUAUUAUAAAUGCACCUCAACCAAUAAGAUUCGGUCAGUGUCAUACAACAUGACACUCAGUGUUAUGCCACCUUCCAUGAACAUCGGUUCCACAGCAGGUAUCAUCGGUGGUUGUGCUGCUGGACUACUGGUCCUCCUCAUUGUUGUGUAUUGCUGCUGCUGUAGGAAAAAGAAGAACGCACCAGAUCAUGAAAUGGGAGAUGCAGUUGAGUUCCAUGAUAAACCACCUUUGGAGACUGAAAAUGAGAGUGAUGGGAUUCGGUAUGGAGAGUCCAGAGAGGACACCAUCAACCAACGCACCGGUUAUCUACUGGAGGAUCGCAGUGAUCGCUUUGACACUGAUGGUCGUCAAGGCGGUAAUCGCUAUGAUGAUCGCUCUGAGGGCAGUCACAGCCGCUCUCGUGAUCGACUUGAUCGCCAAGAGGACAGUCGCAGUCGCUCCAGUGAUCGACUAGAUCGCUAUGACGACACUCGCAGUCGCUCAAGUGAUCGUCUUGACCGCUGUGAUGAUGGUCGCAGUCGGUCCAGUGAUCGACUUGAUCGCUAUGAUGAUGGUCGCAGUCGGUCCAGUGAUCGACUUGAUCGCUAUGAUGAUGGUCGCAGUCGGUCCAAUGAUCGACUUGAUCGCUAUGACGACACUCACAGUCGCUCAAGUGAUCGUCUUGACCGCUAUGAUGAUGGUCGCAGUCGUUCCAGUGAUCGACUUGAUCGCUACGAGGGCAGACGAGAUCAUUAUGACGAUCGCAGUGGCCGCCAGGGGGAUCGUUACGAGGACAAUCGCACUCGAUAUGAUGAUCGGCAUAACUAUGAGCACAAUUGAGAUAGUUAUGAUGAUUGUCGUUAAUACCUGGAUGGUCAGUUGAUUGUCAUGAUGAUCACAGAAAUGGUCGGUAGGAUGACCGUCUUAUGGAUUAUGGCCCCUUUAUGAAAAUCAUCAACUGACUAAAUUGACUGAGACUAUCAUAGGCUACAUGUCAAGCUUGUGCUUCAAAUUGUCUUUUAUUUUAUGCUUACAAGGAUUAGGCAAUUUAGAAGUUUGUGUUUUUUAUUUACUAUUGCAGUAGCUUUCUUACCAUUGGCAACUGUUGGUCAUCUAAGUGCAGUUAUUAUUUGUGGAUUAACAUCAAAUUAAUGUUCAUUUUAACUUCAGGAAUUGUGUAAGUAAAAGUGUAUCAUGCUUGUGUGACUCCAUAGAGAUGGUCUACUUAAUCCAUGAUUAUGUUUUACUUAAGUCAUGUGUGCAAAUCAUUUUAGAAAUUGAGUAGCAUUUAUUAUAGAUCUACAUAUAAAAUGAUUGUUUUGUUUGUUUUUCUUUUGUAACUUUGAUAACAUUUUAAUAAAAUCUUGAUGU